AACAACAGUCAACAAUAUUACAUAUUCACAAUAACAACAUAAUAUUAUAGUUUAGUCUGGUUAAUACCUACCUACAUUAGUACAUUACGAUUAUAAUAUUGUAUAACGCUAUACUGCUUUACUGCUGUAGCCUGUGUGGUAAAGUAAUGAUGUAGCAUUAUUGCAUUUAAACAGUGCGCAUAUAAUUGAACCUGUAUGCCCUUCUUUUGUCUUUGUUUCUCGAUCUCUUCAUUUGUGACAUUAGUUAUUUAUACGUCACAAUAGCACUACAAAAUCGAUGAUUGUAUAUCUGUAUUUCUUAUAAAUACUUUGUGAUUCGACGAACAUUUUGUUAUUCCACAACAUUGAACGUUCUGAUCCUGAUGUGUUAAAAACAUAACUGUUGAAAAUGGUUUUCGCUCAGUUCAUUUUUCUAGUAAUAUUCAUUUCUCAAUUGUACGAUAAUGCAGAAUGCAUAUCAUUCUUUCAUUUCACACAGGAUCCUCCACCAGUCAGAGAUAUUGCCUUAAUGUCCAGAUAUAUUGUCCAUCAUUCAGAUUGGGCAACAUUGUCUUACAUGGGAAAUCAGUCAUUUAUGGAUGGUAUGCCAAUGGGUAGGGUGUAUUCAGUUAGUGAUGGAACAAUUGAUAAUAGUUCUGGUAUUCCUUACAUUAUGGCUUCACCAAUGGACUUAUCAUUUCAAGAUGUUGUGAAAACAAAAAACUGUUCUCUUGUGUUAAGUUUAGCACAGUCAGAUUAUUGUAAAAGAAAAUCUUAUGAUCCUGAAGAUCCACGGUGUGCACAGCUUACUUUGACUGGGAAGUUUGUUAAGUUGGAUAAAACUGAUCCUGAAUGGAAUGUAGCCAAAAUUGCUUUGUGGACUAGACAUCCUGUUAUGCGUAAAUGGAACAAUCUUGUACCAGGUCAUCAUUGGCAAUUCGCAAAAUUAAAUAUUGAACAUAUUACACUUAUUGAUACAUUUGGUGGUCGUAAAUAUCCAACUAUUGUAGAAUAUUUCAAAGCUACUCCAACUUUUAAUUAUUGGCACAAAAAAAGACACUCAAUUAUUACAGUUAAAAAAGAUGUUAUUAUUGAUGAAGAAUUUUAAAAUUGUAUAAGUGUUUAUUUUUAAAUUAAUUUCAUGUAUAUUAUAUUGAAAAUUGCCAAUUAUAACUUAUAGACUGACAUUUGUGGUAUCACUCAUUAUUUCA